AUGGUGCUCGAGUCGCCCGACCCGCGCGUCAAGAUCGCCGUCACGCACGCCGCGCACCGCUUGCUCGCCGGCGGCGCGGCGACCACAAACGAGGCGGCUGCGGCCGGCAGCGCGGCGACAGCGGCGGCGGCGGUUGGCGUGGCGACUGCCCCUCCGCAACCCGCGCGGCCGGCGCGACCAGAGCUGGUUCACCUGCGAGCAAUGCCCUGCUCCUCCUCCCCUGCACCCUGGCUGGCACACAUGCUUCACAAUCUAGCCCACGUGGAAUCGAACGCCUUGACCUGGCCCAACUUCCCCACCCCUUUUUCACCCCUCUUACCCCUUCCCACCGUUCCCCACCCCUCUCCAGGUUCACUCGCGUGCAAUCCCCAAGCCCGGCCCCGCCUGCCCCUUACCCCGGCCUGCGCACAUGCUGCACAAUCUAGCCCACGUGGAUCUAUCUCCUUCCACACCCUUCCUCAACCCCUUCCACCCCACCCCACCGCUCCCCACCGCUCCCCACCACUCAACACGCUCCCUAAUGAUCCCCCCCAGGUGCACCCGCGGGCAAUCCCCAAGCCCGGCCCCUCCUCCCCGCUACCCUGGCCUGCGCACAUGCUGCACAAUCUAGCCCACGUGGAACUGAACGCCAUUGACCUGGCAUGGGACACCGUUGUCAGAUUCUCCGCUCUAGGGGCGGAGGGGGAGUGGGGGGUGGAAGUGGGGCGAGGGGAGUUGGAGCAGUGGGAGAGGGGGGACGAAGAGGGGGGACGAGCAGAGGGAGGAGGGGAGGAGGAGGGGAGAAAGGAGAGCUCGGAGCAAUCGUGGAAGCUUCCACGUCAGUUCUUUUUGGACUUUGUACACGUGGCAGAUGACGAGAGCAGACACCUGGCGUGGUGCUUGCAGCGACUGGAAGAGAUGGGGUACAGGUGGGAUGCGGUGCAUGCAG